AUGCCCAUGCUAGAGGAGGGGAGCUGAGAAAAUCUUCGCCUUCUUCUACCCAGACCACGGCAUCUCUAUUGCCCUCAUAGCAUCCGGGCUCUCGCGUUCCCCUAAGAGGAUUUACCCUGAUCGAGGACAACGUUUGGAUCGACCAUCGAUCCCCACCGCUCCGGAGCUGGGGAAAUCCGAUAUCCACCUGAUCUUUUCUAGACCAUAUUGAACCCUGCCAUCCCGCGAGCACGCCAUCAUGGAUUCCUCCGAUUUGACCGCGCCCUACGCCCACCAGGCCAACGCCUCAUCUCCCACGCAGCGAUCUUCAUCCCCUCAUUCGUCUCACAAUGAGCCACGCCGCAUGUCUCCCCUCAGCGCAAAGCGUCAAACGGCCGUCGUGCCUGACCAGCACCAAUCGCAGUCGGUCAACGAGGCCACCCCGAUCGUGAGCAACUCCGACACAUCUCGGCGAAACUAUCACUCUACCGACGGACUGAGGAACAGGGACUCGGGAUCCGUCAAUGGUCAUCCCAAUAACCCGGCACAACAGACCUCACGAGACCCCGACCAGCACAAUUCCCAGCCUGACUCGGAAGAACACCGCGGCUCCUGGUAUAGCCGCAUCGCAGACAGAUAUGGAAGCCUAGAACUGGAGAAUAAGGGCAGUGUUGCCCGAGACCAUUUAGCUUUAGAACGGACAUUUCUCGCAUGGCUGAGGACUUCACUGGCAUUUGCCUCGAUUGGCAUUGCAGUCACCCAGUUGUUCCGUUUGAACAGUGCUGGAUCCAAUGCGAACAGUGCAGACUUCACAGCGCUAGGCUUGCCAUCUCCCGUAUAUGAUCCCACAGCUAUCCGGAUAGCAUCCGCUUCGUCACGCCUUCGGAGUAUCGGUAAGCCGUUGGGAACCACAUUCAUCGGGGUUGCUAUCUUGAUUUUACUCGUUGGAUUCCAUCGCUACUUUGAAAGUCAGUACUGGAUCAUCAGGGGGAAAUUCCCGGCUAGCCGGGGGAGUGUUGCAUUGACUGCCAUCGUCGCUGCUGCUCUGAUCGUCACUGCCCUGGUUGUCAUUCUUGCUAUUUCCCCGGGCGCCGUUGAAGCGUAGGGUGGAGCGACAUUCGGUGUGAAUUCGUAGGGGCUUUGUUGGGAAAUUGCCUUGUCUAUACCCGCUUGCACUUGUCUUUUCUCUGCGUUGAAGCGGGCCGGAAUAUCAAAGCGGUGGAUCUGUGUGAUUUUGUGCUACCUCGGAGCUUCUUUCUUAUUGUACAUAGAGUGGUUUCAAGGGAAAUAUAUAUGAACUAACGGGACAUGUACGAUGCAAGGUAUCUGGACGAUUUGAGAGCCAAUCGACAGGCACGUUUGUAAUGCAGCGUCGCACACUGCAAUGCAUGGCCCUUGUUUGAUAUAUGAUCGCAGACGAUCCACACAUGGUGCCGCCACCGGUUAUCGUUGCAUCUUGUCAAGACGG